GCUGAUUGAUUCUCCAAGCUGUCGCUAUCGCGUUGUGGAAAAAGUGCCGAACAUCCAGCGUUCUCUUAUCAUGGAUAGCAUUGAAAAUGUCGAAUUCAAGACGAUCGAUGGCCUCACGCUGCGCGGACACGUUUAUCAUUCUGAGGGCUGCGGACUGGGUGUAGUUAUGUGUCCUGGGAUUCAAGAUUCCUCUGAUGCAAUCACGUAUAUAAGUAAGCUUCCAAAUGUGAAUGCCAACCAGAUAGGUCUCCGGGGGAUAUCGCCUGCGGGAAGUGUAGCGCUACGUACCGCGCGUUUCGACAAACACGCAAAACGGGCGAUCACAGCAUGCCCGGUAGCAGAAUAUUAUUACGACAAGAAGAUCAUGGAAAAAGCUCUACAAAAGUGCAUCCAAGACCGCGUUUCGCAAAUGAUGGGAAAUCCGCCACUUUACGUCCCUAUGCUGACAGCUUCCGGCACUAAUCCGGCGGGUUUGGACGUUGGCUACGAGCGAGAAUACGCAGCAGAAAUGAUGAGGAGGGGUAUCCAAGUCGCACCCAGCCACAAAAACCAAACUACUAUUCAGUCUUAUCAUAAACUUGACCCAUGGCCAAUGUGGAAGCAUCUCGGCUCCACGCCGGUACAAAUACGCCACAUUGAGUCCUUAGCCGGACCCAAAAAAUUGCAUGUUCAGAAAGGAAGCGGGCACAUGGACAUAUUUGAGGGAGCGCAUGCCGAUGAGGUCUUCAGGCUCUCCCUCAAUUUUUUAUGCAAUGUCAACGUUGGGACGACCAUCAACGAUACCGACUACGACGGAAAUAGUACAUUUGAGGUCUCAUAG